AUGAAUCUUAAAGCCUUACACUACAAGGGCUUCUCGUCAUAUCAAAAUAAGCUCUCAUGUUACAAGUCUACCAACAUCAAUGUGAACAAAAUCUUCAAAAAGUCAAAAACACAGUUUCACCCAGGUUCCACCACCACCACAACAAACCGUUCUUCAAAGAUUCGAUGCGAGAACUCGUCCCAGGGCUCACGCUUGGGUGAAUCUGGGGACGAAUUGCAUGGAAAAUCAUGGGGAUCAAUGGAGGGUAUAGUCUGCUGCUCAUCAAAUUACGUACCUUUAUCACCCAUUAGCUUCUUGGAGCGAGCAGCCAAGAUUUAUAGCCACCGGACAUCGGUGGUUUAUGGGUGUAUUAAGUACACAUGGGACGAAACGCACCGUAGGUGCGUCAAGCUUGCAUCUGCCAUUAACCAUUUAGGGGUUUCUCGAGGCGACGUCGUAGCGGCUCUAGCACCAAAUGUCCCGGCUAUGUUAGAGCUUCAUUUCGCAGUUCCCAUGGCUGGAGGCAUCAUUUGCCCUCUCAACAAACGUCUGGAUGCAAAUAUGGUUUCAACCCUUCUCGAACACUCAGAAGCCAAGAUCCUCUUCGUCGACUACCAAUUAUUGCAUGUAGCUGAAGAAGCUGUCAAUAUUCUCAAGAAGAUGGAUUUAAAACCUCCUCUUAUUGUCGUAAUAUCUGAACAAGACUCCCUGUCUCCCUUGAAACCCACAGGAAAAUAUGAAUACGAAUACGAGAGCCUUGUGGAGAGUGGAGUGACUGAAUUCUCUAUAAUCAGACCAAAUGACGAAUGUGAUCCUAUCAGUUUAAACUACACAUCUGGGACAACAUCGAGGCCGAAAGGAGUAGUUUGUAGCCACCGAGGGGCUUAUCUUAGCUCCAUUGCUGCAGUGUUCAUACGUGAUAUGCGAGAGAUGCCUACGUACCUUUGGACGUUGCCUAUGUUUCACUGCAAUGGAUGGUGCUUCACGUGGGGUGUGGCUAUCGUUGGUGGCACUAAUGUUUGCCUACGACGUUGCGAUCCUAAAGAUAUAUUUAAUAAUAUAGUCCUUCACAAGGUGACACAUAUGGAUGGAGCUCCAACUGUGUUGAACAUGAUUGUGAAUGCUCCGAUGACUGAUCGGAAACCACUUCCACACGAAGUUAAGAUCGUAACCGGCGGUGCACCUCCACCUGCGUCAAUCAUCUCAAAGAUAGAGGAGCUAGGGUUUCGUAUAUCUCAUAUUUAUGGCCUCAGUGAAACGUAUGGUCCAGGAACUUUAUGUGUGUGGAAGCCCGAGUGGGAAAGGUUGCCUCGUGAAGAACAACUUAAGCUUCAAGCACGACAAGGAGUGAAAACUUUGGUGAUGGAGGAUGUCGAUGUAAAAGAUCCUGCAACAAUGGAGAGUGUAAAAUGUGAUGGAAAAUCGUUAGGGGAGGUUAUGUUUAGAGGGAAUGCAGUCAUGAGUGGAUACUUCAAGGAUUUGAGAGCAACCGAAGAGGCUUUUGCCGGAGGAUGGUUUCGAAGUGGUGAUCUUGCCGUUAAACAUCCCGACGGGAAUAUAGAAGUAAAGGAUAGGUCCAAAGAUAUUAUAAUCUCCGGUGGUGAAAAUAUAUGCACGAUCGAGGUGGAAACUGUGAUUUAUAGCCAUCCUGCAGUUCUGGAGGUUGCUGUGGUUGCACGUCCCGACGAUCAUUGGGGUCAAACUCCCUGUGCCUUUGUGAAGUUGAAGAAAGGUGUUGAUGUUGAUGCUCAAGAAAUUAUUCAGUAUUGUCGAGAUCGCAUGCCACAUUAUAUGGCACCUCGAACUGUUAUUUUUGACGAUUUGCCAAGAAAUGCGACUGGUAAGGUACAGAAGUUUGUGUUGAGGGAGAAGGCAAAGCUUAUGGGCAGCCUUUCUGACCGGAAAGUAUAAACCUCAUUUCCAAGUUUUCAUCAAAUGUAUGAGUGAUUCUAUCCAUGACUUGGGUAGCGUCAAAAAUC